AUGAGGUUGACGCUACUUUGUUGCACCUGGAGGGAAGAACGUAUGGGAGAGGAAGGAAGCGAGUUGCCCGUGUGUGCAAGCUGCGGCCAGAGGAUCUAUGACGGCCAGUACCUCCAGGCCCUGAACACUGACUGGCACGCAGAUUGCUUCAGGUGUUGUGAAUGCAGUGCUCCCCUCUCACACCAGUACUAUGAGAAGGAUGGGCAGCUCUUCUGCAAGAAAGACUAUUGGGCCCGCUAUGGCGAAUCUUGCCACGGAUGCUCGGAACACAUCACCAAGGGGCUGGUCAUGGUGGCGGGGGAGCUGAAGUACCACCCAGAGUGCUUCAUCUGCCUCACGUGUGGGACCUUCAUCGGUGACGGGGACACCUACACACUGGUGGAACACUCCAAGCUGUACUGCGGGCACUGCUACUACCAGACUGUGGUGACCCCCGUCAUUGAGCAGAUCCUGCCCGACUCCCCCGGUUCUCACCUGCCCCACACCGUCACCCUCGUCUCCAUCCCAGCCACAGCUCAUGGCAAACGUGGCCUCUCGGUCUCCAUCGACCCACCUCAUGGCCCACCCGGUUGUGGCACGGAGCACUCCCACACCGUCCGCGUCCAAGGAGUGGACCCAGGCUGCAUGAGCCCAGAUGUGAAGAAUUCCAUCCACGUUGGAGACCGGAUCCUGGAGAUCAAUGGCACACCCAUUCGGAACGUGCCCCUGGAUGAGAUUGAUCUGCUGAUCCAGGAAACCAGCCGCUUGCUCCAGCUGACUCUUGAGCACGACCCCCAUGACACGCUGGGCCAUGUGGUGGGCCCAGAGCCCAGCCCCCUGGGCUCCCCAGCUCACACUCCCAGUGGAGAGGCUGGCAGCUCUGCCCGGCAGAAACCUGUCCUGAGGAGCUACAGCAUCGACAGAUCUCCGGGAGCCAGCUCACUGGGCUCUCCUGCCUCCCAGUGCAGGGACCUGGGGCGCUCUGAGUCCCUUCGCGUGGUUUGCCGGCCACACCGCAUCUUCCGGCCAUCGGACCUCAUCCACGGGGAGGUGCUGGGCAAGGGCUGCUUCGGCCAGGCUAUCAAGGUGACACACCGGGAGACAGGGGAGGUGAUGGUGAUGAAGGAGCUGAUCCGGUUCGACGAGGAGACACAGAGGACGUUCCUCAAGGAGGUGAAGGUCAUGCGAUGCCUGGAGCAUCCCAACGUGCUCAAGUUCAUCGGGGUGCUCUACAAGGACAAGAGGCUCAACUUCAUCACCGAGUACAUCAAGGGCGGCACGCUCCGGGGCAUCAUCAAGAGCAUGGACAGCCAGUAUCCAUGGAGUCAGAGGGUGAGCUUUGCCAAGGACAUUGCUUCUGGGAUGGCCUACCUCCACUCCAUGAACAUCAUCCACCGGGACCUCAACUCCCACAACUGCCUGGUCCGUGAGAACAAGAGCGUGGUGGUGGCGGACUUUGGGUUGGCGCGGCUCAUGGUGGAUGAAAAGACUCAGCCUGAAGACCUGCGAAGCCUCAAGAAGCCAGACCGGAGGAAGCGUUACACAGUGGUAGGCAACCCCUACUGGAUGGCGCCCGAGAUGAUCAAUGGCCGAAGCUAUGAUGAGAAGGUGGAUGUGUUUUCCUUUGGGAUCGUCCUCUGCGAGAUCAUCGGGCGGGUGAAUGCUGACCCCGACUACCUGCCCCGCACCAUGGACUUUGGCCUCAAUGUGCGAGGCUUCCUGGACCGCUACUGCCCCCCAAACUGCCCCCCGAGCUUCUUCCCCAUUACCGUGCGCUGCUGUGAUCUGGACCCUGAGAAGAGGCCCUCCUUCGUGAAGCUGGAGCAAUGGUUGGAGACCCUCCGCAUGCACUUGGCCGGCCACCUACCACUCGGCUCACAGCUGGAGCAACUGGACAGGGGCUUCUGGGAGACCUACCGGCGUGGCGAAAGUGGACUGCCUGCCCACCCCGAGGUCCCUGACUGA